AUGGCGUCGGCUUACAAGGCGACCGAGAAGCUCUCGAAGGGCAAGAAGCGCGCUGCCGAGGACGACGCUUCGACCGUCGUCGAGAAGAAGCGCAAGGACAAAGUUCUCCUCCUCAGCUCGCGUGGUGUCACCCAGCGCAUGAGGCACCUGCUGAUGGACCUGGAGACGCUCCUUCCCCACACCAAGAAGGACUCCAAGCUCGACUCGAAGUCCUCGCUUCACCUCCUGAACGAGCUCGCGGACCUGCACUCGUGCUCGAACGCCCUCUACUUUGAGGCGCGCCGCCACGAGGACCUGUACAUGUGGGCGUCGCGCACGCCCAAUGGACCUAGCGUCAAGUGUCACGUCCAGAACAUUCACACGAUGGACGAGCUCAAGAUGACCGGUAACUGCCUGAAGGGAAGUCGCGGAAUCUGUGUGUUCGACGGCGAGUGGGAGACGAAGGAGGAGUGGAAGCUGCUGAAGGAGCUGUUCUCGCACAUCUUCUCUGUGCCCCGUACGUCUCGCCGGCUGAAGCCGUUCAUCGACCACAUCCUCGUCUUCUCGAUCCUGGACAACCGCAUCUGGUUCCGCAACUACCAGAUCAUCGAGAAGGACCCGCAGCAGCCGAGCGGCCCGCCGCAGACGUCGCUCGUUGAGAUCGGCCCCCGCAUGGUCCUCACGCCCAUCCGCAUCUUUGAGGGCUCGUUCGGCGGACCGACCGUCUUUGCGAACCAGGAGUUUGUGUCCCCGGCGGCCACGCGCGCGAGCAUCAAGCGCGCGGCGGGAGAGAGGUACCGCCAGCGCAAGGAGGGACAGGGCGACCGCGAGGAGCGCAGGCAGCGUGUGCGCGAGGAGUUGCCCGAGGACGAGCUCGCGAGGGACAAGGUGUUUGCUUAA